GGCCAGGCGGCCCCCGGCAAACAGCACAUCCAGUAACAGUGGCCCUGCUUCUCCUCGCUGCCUGCCUCAGCCUGGCUGGGCCUGGGAGAGCUGCCGGGGCUGAUGGGCCGGCGCUCAGCUGGCCGGCUCACUGUCAGGGCUCGGCCUUUACAGGGAUGUACGGACAAGAUGGGAUGAUGCAGUUCACCAAUGCAGAUUCCUCACCGACUGAGAGCACCAAUAUGAGUGCGGCAGGCCACCUGGCGGCGGGCAGCCUGUGUGCCAUAUGUGGAGACAGAGCCACUGGCAAACACUACGGGGCCUCCAGCUGUGACGGGUGCAAAGGCUUCUUCAGACGCAGCGUCCGCAAAAACCACAUGUACUCCUGCAGGUUCAAUAGACAGUGUAUUGUGGACAAAGACAAGAGGAAUCAAUGCAGAUACUGCCGAUUGAAGAAAUGCUUCAGAGCUGGCAUGAAAAAAGAAGCUGUACAGAAUGAAAGAGACAGAAUUAGCACCAGAAGAUCCAGCUAUGAAGACAGCAGUUUACCAUCCAUUAAUGCACUCAUUCAGGCAGACGUCCUGUCCAGACAGAUCACCUCGCCUGCUCCCAUACUUAAUGGUGACAUAAGGACCAAAAAGAUUGCUGCCAUCACAGAUGUGUGUGAGUCCAUGAAACAGCAGCUGUUGGUCUUGGUAGAGUGGGCCAAGUACAUCCCAGCCUUCUGUGACCUGCCCCUGGAUGACCAGGUGGCGUUGCUGCGAGCUCAUGCUGGAGAACAUCUCCUGCUCGGUGCUGCAAAGAGAUCUAUGCUUUACAAAGAUAUCCUCUUAUUAGGAAAUGACCACAUCAUUCCCAGAAACUGUCCAGAGUUGGAAGUCGGCAGGGUAGCAGUGAGAAUCCUGGACGAGCUGGUGCUUCCCUUCCAGGAGCUUCAAAUAGACGACAAUGAAUACGCCUGCUUGAAAGCCAUAGUCUUCUUUGAUCCAGACGCUAAAGGUCUUAGUGACCCUGGAAAGAUCAAACGCAUGCGAUACCAGGUCCAGGUCAGUCUGGAGGACUACAUCAACGACAGGCAGUACGACUCCCGGGGUCGAUUUGGGGAGCUGCUCCUGCUACUGCCCACGCUACAGAGCAUCACCUGGCAAAUGAUUGAACAGAUUCAGUUUGUCAAACUUUUUGGCAUGGCCAAGAUUGAUAAUCUGCUACAGGAGAUGCUUCUUGGGGGUUCUGCUAAUGAAGCUCCACAUGCACCUCACUCUCUGCACCCUCACCUGGUUUCAGAGCACCUGAGCAGCAAUGUUAUAGUUACCAGCAACAUGCCAACACCCAUCCACAAUGGUCAAAUUUCCACUCCUGAAACCCCAAUACCGUCUCCGCCUACUGCAUCCAGCUCAGAACAUUAUAAAAUGGCUCAGGGGGUCAUAGCCACCGUGCCCAAGCAGCCAACCUCCAUCCCUCAGCCUACUAUUACGAAGCAAGAAGCCAUCUAGCAACCCGCUGAAUCCCGCUCCUUUCACUUUUUUAUUGUCUUAAACCAGGGUCUUUAUUGUAAGCUUAUAGGUAAUCAGCAUUUAAGCUGUUAACAGGACUGAAAAAUAAAUCAUCUAAUAAUAUCUAAACUGUAAUUGACAUUAUGUUCCCUGCAGAUUUUAGGGAUCUAUGUUGUUCACACAUGCAGCUGGAGUAAAAUCUUGGUGCAAAUAUUAAAACAAAGAACAUCAAAAUUAACCACACAAACUGUCCAUUCUGUAAAAAUACUAUUUGGAAAGAAAUACACUGUUGUAUAUAGUUUUAUUAUUGGGUAUCAUUACAUCCCUUAGCAUGAGCUCAGUGUGUGUAGUAAGGUUUAUGUUAGACAUGGUGACGUGUUCAUGUCAGUAUUUUAUAAAUGUUACAACAGGCCUUACAUUGUCACAUAUUUAGUGUUGCACAGUAUUUUGUUAUAUGUUCAUCAGUAAUAAAGUCAGGAAGUGACAAUAUUGGACCAGAAAAAAACUAAAGGAUAUGUCAAACUUUGAAUACAGUGUGUAACAAGACUCAAAUAUCUACAGUGUGUUUAAUGUUCUGAAAAUGCCUAUUUACAAUAGUUAUGUACAAUGACACAUGUUAAGAGAAACAUUUACAAGGAAAAAAAAACAAAACACUUGUGGUGAACACUGCCAUGCCACUUUUGCUGUAGAUGUUUCCUAAUGAUAUGUUAUAAUGGUUUUUAAAAAUAGAUUAUAUUUUUUGUUUAGUACUUUGUCAUGGUGUAACUGAUGGAAUAAAUUGUGCCUUGUACCUGUACUGCCUUACAAAAACAGGAAUGUUUCGCCUUACAAUGUGAAGAUGAAAUAAUAAAUCCCAAGGUCUAUUUUUA